AGUCUGGGAUUCACUUCUCUGUCCACAUGUGGGUUACAUUUAAUCUAGAUAAGAGAUUAAUAUUAUUAAUUAUGCUAGUUUACCAAUCAUCAUCACGCAUCAUCCUCGGUAGGUAUUUUACAUAAAAAAGAAAAAAAUUAAUAAAUUCUGGGAUGGUAUCAUGGAAUUAUUCUGAUAGCGAACUUGUACAGACAAGUAAACAAUUCAUUAAUUUAUGGUCAUUAAGUAUUAGAGUCAAUUAAUUGAAAAGAACAGGUUAAUUUCAACCAGAUGACAACUGGCUACAAAGGUGAAAGACCCCAUCCCAUCAUAAUUAGCAACAGCACAGCCAGGUUCACAUCUACAGGAAAUGUCGCUGUGCUGAAUUAUCUCACUUUAACCAAAUUGACAUUUUCAUCAAAGCAUCAACAAGUACCAAACAUAACUUACUUGCCGGUCAUGAAGGGAUUUUCUCUUUUUGUCCCUGAGCUUCUCAGCGCCACCUUUUCGUUUUGUUUUGUUUUGUUUUUCUCCAUAUUUUGCGCAUUCCUGCAUCCAUCCAAAGUUGCCGUCAGAUGUCCGUCUGGGCUGUGUGUGAUUGACAGGUGACAGCAGCUGCGGAGUGAGGGAGUGGGUGGGACUUAACCGCCGCAGGGAUGAAAUGUGAUUGGCUAUUAGCAGCAAUCCCAGUGGUCCGACCGGCCCACUGAGGCAGCGGCCCACCGGGAAACAUCCCGGUGCUCCCGAUGGCCAGUCCGCCCUUGACUCCAGUCCACACCGCUGCUGUUAUUAAAGCCCUCAGACCGCACGAGCUCCUGAAAGCAAAGCAAGGCUUGUAGCCAGAUAUCCGCCAAUGACUGCAGCGAGAGAGGGAGACGGAGCCUCCGGAGCUUCGGCGAAGCUACAUAGCUCCGGAGCGAAGUAUCGGAGCUCCGGGGCAAAGUUACGGAGCUCGUGCCGAAGUUACGGAGCUCGUGCCGAAGUUACGGAGCUCCGGGGCGAAGUUACGGAGCUCGUGCCGAAGUUACGGAGCUCCAGGGCGAAGUUACGGAGCUUUGCAGAAGCUACGGAGGCGUGGUUUCCAUGCAAACUAAACAAUUGGAGGCAGGUCACUGUGAAGCGUCGGUUCAUAUAUAAAUAGAGCUCAGCCUCUCUGGUCACACCAACCCUGACUGAACACAGAUGAUGGCGCUUCGUCUCCUCUCUACACUGAUCCUGCUCUCUGCCAGCGGCUCUGUCUGUGGACUGAUGAUCUCUGAGGUUUUGGGAAACGAUGUUAAAUUCCCUUUGAGCGCGUCAUGUGGAGCAGAGAAGACUCAGCUUCUGUUUAUCUCUGCUAGAGAUCCGUCCCCCCGGCUGGUAGCGUCUCGGACUGGAGCUCAGGUCUCUCCUGGACCACUUUACACUGACAGACUGAACCACAGCGACUCUCUUCUCCUCCUGAAACACGUGAGGAUGAACGACGCCGGACUCUACGAGCUGACAUGUAACGACCGUGUAGAGACUCUGAUGGAGCUGCAGCUCUUCUUCCCGGUGGAAACGGUCUCUGCUGAGGGGCAAACCGUGGAUCUCCCGUGUCAUUCCGUUACACUCGGUAGAUCCGUGGAGAGUGUGAAGUGGGAGAAGAGCAGCGGACAGGUGGUGCUGGAGGUGGACGGACUCUCUGGAAGCUGGACUCCGGGGGAAGAGUUUCAAGGAAGCCGGCUGUCAGUGUCCAGGGACUGGAAGGAAACAGGGGACUUGUCGCUCCGGAUGGAGGUGAAGCAGGAACACGGAGGACUUUUCUUCUGCUCGGUAACAGAAGGCAGAGUGAAGACCUUGAAGGCAGCAGUGAGGCUGACAGUCAGACCGAACAUCACGGAUCCAGAGAGCAGCGAGACCAGCGAGCAGCCUCAGGAGUCACACUGUGCUGAGCUUUAUUGGCAUAAACUCUUCAUCACAGCAGCAGUUGUCCUGAGCCUCAUUCUGCUUAUGUUCAUGGCUGCUGCUGGAUGUUUUCUGAAAAGAAUCAGGCGAGCUGUUCUGAAGGCGUCGUCACAAGACAGAAAGAAAGAAGACGAGAGCAACACAGAUGGAAUUCCUCUGAACCCAAGAGAGGCUGAAGAAGGUCUGUCCUCUUCAGGAUCAGACACCAAAGAGAAAACCUGCUGGAGGACCAGAGAGAGUCUCUGAUUUCUACUCCUGAUCUUUCAAUUCGUUUCAAUUUCAAUUCAGCUUCAUUUAUACUGUGUCAAACACAACAGUCAUUUCUAGACACUUUGUCAGAGAAAUAGAGAGUGACUGGUGGCAAUUACACACACACACACACACACACACACACACACACUCACACACCUGUAAACUACAUUUUCUAUUUUUAUGAACUUGUAGCAAGUUUUUUUUAUCAAUUGACAAAAAUGUUUUAAAUAAUGUUUGUAUUUCUCCUGAUAAAUAAGAUGGAGAAUCACACUGUCUAAUAGUGAAAUACAUCCAAAAUACACAAAACUAUUGAAAUGAUUCAUAAAGAAUAACUUAUGACCUGGUAUUGUUGAUAAACUCUUGUGUCACUGGGAAAAUGUUACGAUAUAAGAGGAGAGUUACAGUUUAAAACUCAUGAAGUCCACACCACUCUGAAAGGUUUUUGUGUCUCAUAUUGUGGUGUAAAAAGAUGGAACAAAUUCUUUGUGGAGACCAGACAUUUGUCAAAUGAGUUUCAAUUCAAAAAGAGAUGUAAAGAGCUGAUUCUGGGAGGUUUGGUGAUGAUAUGAUGAGGGCCGUUAAUUCAUGGUUCUGUUUGUACUGAAAGUGAUGAUGAUUAUAAAGCUAUACUGUUUUGUAAAUUAAGAUCAGGCAAUAAUGUGAAGCGGUAUGAUUGAAUAAGAACUUCUUCUUCCUUUUUGGGCAUGCGAAAAGCACGGUAUGGUGUGGACUUUUCAUGUUUCUCAAUUUGAUGUUUUUUCUAUCUUUUUUGGCUGUUCACCUUUUUUAUUACAUGUUUGAAAUAAAGCUUCUCAAACUAAACUAUUCACAGUAUGUAGAAGAAAUUGAUUCGGUCCAGACGCUGGCCUUCCCACCACUGAGGUUACAAACUGAGCUGUUUACUUUUUUCUUAAUUUUGACAUUAUUUUACA